UGCUGGCAGGUAGUCAACCCAGCUCACAGCUCCAGAAACAAUCCCGGUGUAAAGAAACCAUGGAUUCCAAGAAAGGUCCUUCAAUGGGAGAUGCCACUCUAAGGAGGAGGAUCAAAUCCUGGGAAUUUAAGACCUUCUUUCACCCUCUAGAACUCCGUAAGGAGACAUGUCUACUCUAUGAAAUCAAGUGGGGCACAAGUCAUAAUGUCUGGCGAAACACAAAUCAAAACACAUCUCAACAUGCUGAAAUGAACUUCAUUGAAAAAUUCACUUCAGAACGAGAUUUUAAACCAUCUGUUAGUUGUUCCAUUAUCUGGUUCCUCUCCUGGAGCCCUUGUUGGAAGUGUUCCAGGGCUAUCAGAGAGUUUUUGAACCAACACCCCAACAUCACCCUGGUCAUUUUUGUAGCUCGGCUUUACUGGCACAUGGAUCAACAACAUCGUCAAGAACUCAAGGAACUUGUCUCUUCUGGUGUGACUAUCCAAAUUAUGAGCUACUCAGAGUACCAUUACUGUUGGAGAAAUUUUGUUGAUUAUCUACCUGGAGAAGAAGAUUACUGGCCCAGAUACCCCAAUCUUUGGAUUAUGUUAUAUGUCUUGGAACUCCACUGCAUAAUUUUAGGGCUUCCACCUUGUUUAAAGAUUUCGGUGCGUCAUUCCGAUCAGCUUGUGUUCUUCAGCUUUGAUUUUAAAGAUUGCCAUUAUCAAAGGAUUCCAUAUAAUAUUCUUGCAGCUACAGGGAUACUCCAGCCAUUUGUGACCUGGAGGUGA